GAUUUGACAGCCGAUGCCAACUCCUAACCUCUUCAAUAAAAAUAAACAAUGAACUUAACCUCUCUUUUUUGUGGAUACUGGAAUUAAUUUUUCAAAUAAAAAUGUUCACCUUUGGAUUUUCUCGUGAUGAAAAUGAUAAAGUAGUUGAAAAUAUCAAAUCAUCCAAAGAAUGCGAGGAAGUCGAAAUUAAAACAAGCAGAGAGUUGAAGGCUCAAGAAUUUGAAAAAAUAGAUGAAUAUUUGAAAAGCUAUAGCUUGACAUAUAAAACUUACAAAGAAAAAAUGAGAUUUAUUGAUAAUAUUGAUGUGGUACUAGAGUUGCUCACAAGUGAAGAUGACCUGUCACAGAUUAUAAAAGCUGAGGAAAAACAUUCCGAUCUCCUACCAGGCAUUUAUGAAGGUGGUUGUAAAAUUUGGGAAUGUACUCAUGAUUUAAUCAACUUUAUUGAGAAUGAGCAAAAAAAUCUGUUUGAAAGGAAAGUCUUAGAUCUAGGAUGCGGUGCUGGAUUGAUUGGAAUAAUGUGCAUGAUUAAAGGAGCAAAAUGCUAUUUUCAAGAUUACAAUGAUGAGGUUCUAAGAUAUGUAACUUAUCCCAAUAUCAAGGCAAAUUUAGAGAAUAUUCCACAAUUCGACUUCAACAGAUGUAAAUUUUUUUGUGGAGAUUGGCUCUCCUUUUCAGAACUUUGGCAGAAAGAAUACUCACCUGAAGAUAAAUUCGAUUAUAUUUUCACAAGUGAAACAAUUUAUAGUCCCAAUAAUUAUAUGAAGCUGCACAAUAUUUUCCAGAACUUAUUGAGCCCAUCUGGUGUUAUAUUGUUAGCAGCAAAAGCCCACUAUUUCGGCCCCGGCGGUGGACUUUUUGAUUUCAAGAAUAUUUUAGACAAAGAGGGAAUCUUCAGUUAUCAAACAGUAUGGUCACACACUAACGGUCUUGUAAGAGAAAUCCUCGAAAUAAAAUUUAAGUAAAAUUUGGAUAGUUUUGUAAAUUUAAUAAUAAAUUCAUUCAUAAAUGUCAA